CAUGACAAAGUUAUGGAAAAAAUAUAUACUUUGGUUUGCCCAGGAGCACGUUGACUUUCGUGUCGCGGAAUUCGAAUCAAUUGUUAAAUUAUUUAGUCUACAAUUUCGAAACCUUUCAGAACAUCGUUUGAAACCCUUUUGGCUAGUGGAAUUUCCAAAUGAUGAAACAGCACACCAAUAUGCAUCCCGGUCGAUUGCACUACGCUCUAUCAUCGAGUUAUAUUCGCAUGCCCACACAUUUCCUGAAUUUCAUAAACAAUUGCAAAAUCACGUGCAUUCGCAUCAAGGAGCUCUCAAGGAAUUUUUUAAGGCCACCAGCUUCAAGAUAACCGUGGAGACAUACAACAAACACUUUAGCCAGCGCGAGAAGGUGGAAAAGAUCGAAACUAUGGACUAUUUGCCGAUCGAAGGAGCUGUUAAUCUAAAGAAUCCACAAGUCGAAUGGUGGUAUCUGGAAUUUUGGGGCCUGGAUCCCACAGCUGUACCUGCUGAACCCGAAGAUAUUCUCUUUGGACGCAUGUUGGUGCACGGACAGCGGCAUUUAAUCAAGCAGCUCUCACUGAAACAACGCAAAUUCAUUGGCAACACAAGCAUGGAUGCACAGCUCAGCCUCCUGAUGGCCAAUCAGGCAUUGGUGCGUGACGGCGACCUCGUUUUCGAUCCUUUUGUAGGCACCGGCUCGCUGCUGGUAAGUGCAGCGAAGUUUGGAGGGUAUGUGCUGGGCGCCGACAUUGACUUCAUGAUGGUGCAUGCACGCUGCCGGCCCAGUCGCAUUAGCCAGAAGGUGCGUGAGAAAGAUGAGAGCAUUCGCGCUAAUCUGCAACAGUAUGGAUGUGCGGAUCGCUACAUGGACGUGUUGGUCGCUGACUUUUCAAAUCCGUUGUGGCACAGACGAAUUACCUUCGAUAGCAUCAUCACCGAUCCUCCAUAUGGGAUACGUGAGGCAACGGAAAAGGUGGAGACUAAAGUUAAUCCCAAGGAUAAUACCCGAACAGCUGAUAUGGCGCAUUAUCCGUCAACUUCACACUACGCACUGCACCAUUUAUAUGCAGAUCUACUGGAAUUUGGCGCAAAGCAUCUUAAGCUGGGCGGGCGCCUUGUUUGCUGGCUGCCCUUCCAUCGUGAGGAUUACAAUGAAUCAAUUAUACCUCAACACACGCAUCUGCGCCUUGUGGCCAACUCGGAGCAGCCACUAGCUGGAAAUGCAGCGCGACGUUUGCUGACAUAUGAGAAGCAUAUAGAGUACAUCAAGGAAGACGCUCUCAAUGAGAAUUCCAAUGACACACAGCUCACCACUGCUGCCUCGCAGAACUUUAGAGAACGAUACUUUAAUACAAAUGGUGAAAUAGAAUCCCGUCAAGAAAGACGCAUGCGAAAGGCUGCUCUAAGGGAGCAGGGUCGCUUGGAGAUGGAGAUGCGCGGGAAGCUUCCCAGCGAUGGGCGGGCCAAGAAAUGUGAUUUAAACAAAGCGCGGUUUAACUAAAUAAUUUACUAAUACAUAACUAUAAG